AUGUCUAACACAUCCACCGCCUUCGUCGAAGCCAACGGCGCCCAAAUCUUCUAUCUUCUACAGAGAAGCCGGCCCAAGCGGCGCAGACGCACCAGGGGAUACCGCGCCCUCGCCCCAGACCUGCCCGGCUUCGGCCUCACCACAGUCCCCGACAACUACGUCCACAGCUUCGACAAUCUCGGCACCACAAUCGGCGCCUUCGCCUCGGCCUUGUCUCUCCAAAAGUACGCCCUGUACAUGUUUGACUACGGCGCCCCCACGGGCCUGCGCCUGGCUCUCAGGAACCCCGACAAGGUCGUCGCCAUCGUCAGCCAGAACGGAAACGCCUACGACGAGGGGCUCGGCGCCGAGUUCUGGGCCCCCGUUCGCAGAUACUGGGCCUCUGGCGCCGACGGGGACCGAAACGCCCUCGGGGGUCUCCUGGAGCCGGGCGCGACCAAGUGGCAGUAUACGCAUGGCUCUCCCGACGCCGACAAGGUGCGGCCGGAAGCGUACGCCCUCGACCAGGCGCUGAUGGACCGCGUGGGCAACAGGGACGUGCAGCUGGACCUGUUCUACGACUACCGCAACAACGUGGCGCUGUGCCCCCAGUUCCAGGAGUACUUGCGCAUCUCCGAGGUUCCGGUUCUGGCCAUCUGGGGCAAGAACGAUGUCAUUUUUGUUCCUGCCGGCGCCGAGGCGUUCGGGAAGGAUGUUGAUAAGCUCGAGGUGAAGCUGCUGGAUGCUGGUCACUUUGCGAUUGAGACGAAUGAGGAGUUUGCUGAUAGUAUUGUCUCCUUUUUUGACAAGUAUCAAGUGUUUUGA